UACUGUUGGAGAAUACAGAGAAGCAGAGACAAUAUGGAGAGGAAAAACAUGGAUGAGCAGAAUAAGUGUCAAAGAAAGUUGAGAGUUUGUGUGGCAACAUGCAACAGAGCAGACUACUCCAAGCUGGCCCCCAUAAUGUUUGGAAUUAAAUCGCACCCUGAUGAGUUUGACCUGAAUGUUGUGGUGCUCGGCUCUCAUCUCAUUGAUGAUUACGGAAACACUUUUCGUAUGAUCGAGCAGGAUGACUUUGACAUCAGCUCCAAGCUUCACACCAUUGUAAGAGGAGAAGAUGAGGCAGCCAUGGUGGAGAGUGUUGGUCUGGCUCUCGUAAAGCUUCCUGAUGUCCUACAGAGGUUGCACCCUGACAUCCUGGUUGUCCACGGUGACCGUUUUGAUGCACUGGCUCUAGCCACUGCUGCAGCACUGAUGAACAUCAGAAUAGUUCACCUGGAGGGAGGCGAGGUGAGUGGUACAAUUGACGACUCGAUCCGCCACGCCAUCAGUAAACUGGCCCAUUACCAUGUCUGCUGCACACGCACUGCAGAGCAGCACCUUAUCGCCAUGUGUGAGGACCACUCUCGCAUCCUGUUGGCUGGCUGCCCUUCAUAUGACAAGCUGCUGUCCACUUUUCAUCGUGAUGAAUACAUGGAUGUGAUCAACACCUGGCUGCGUGGCGGUGCGCAGGAUCAUGACUACAUAGUGGCUCUGCAGCACCCAGUUACCACUGACAUCCAGAGAUCCAUCAAGAUCUAUGGUCUGAUGCUGGACGCUGUGAUCUCCUUCAACAAAAAGACCCUCAUCCUUUUCCCCAACAUAGAUGCUGGAAGUAAGGAGAUGGUGCGUGUGAUGCGAAAGAAGGGCAUCGAGCAGCACCCCAAUUUUCGAGCAGUGAAGCACAUUCCCUUUGAACAGUUCAUGCAGCUGGUGUGCCACGCUGGCUGCAUGAUCGGAAACAGCAGCUGUGGGGUACGAGAGGCCGGGGCCUUUGGCACACCUGUCAUCAACCUGGGAUCAAGACAAACUGGCAGAGAAACAGGUGAAAAUGUUCUUCAUGUCAGAGAUGCCGACACUCAGGAUAAAAUCUACCACGCUCUGAAGCUGCAGUUUGGAAAGAGAUACCCUUGCUCUAACGUUUAUGGUGAUGGCAGCGCGGUGCCUCGUAUUCUAAAGUUUUUGCGAACCAUUGACCUGGAUGAGCCCCUCCAGAAGACUUUCUGUUUCCCCCCAGUGAAAGAAUCCAUCUCUCAGGACAUCGAUCACAUCCUGGAAACACAGACGGCUCUGGCUGUUGACCUGGGAGGAACCAACCUCAGAGUGGCUAUCAUCUGCCAGAUGGGAAAGAUCAUAAAGAAGUACACUCAACCCAAUCCAAAGACAUGCAAGGCCAGGAUGGAGCUCUUAAUAAAGCUUUGUCAGGAUGCAUUACAAGAUGCUGCCCACCUCAACUGUCGGUUACUUGGUGUUGGAGUGUCCACAGGUGGGCGUGUGAACCCACAGAAGGGUGUUGUCCUUCACUCCACAAAGCUGAUUGAGGAGUGGUUCUCGGUGGACCUGAGAACACCUAUCUCUGAAGCUCUGUGCCUUCCCGUUUGGGUCGAAAACGACGGCAACUGUGCUGCUCUGGCUGAGAAGAAAUUUGGUCAUGGCAAGGGAGUGGAGAACUUUGUGACUGUCAUCACAGGAACAGGUAUUGGAGGAGGGAUCAUCCAUCAGAGUGAGCUGGUCCAUGGCAGUACCUUCUGUGCUGCAGAGCUGGGUCACAUUGUGGUUUCAAUGGAUGGCCCAGAGUGUUCAUGUGGCAGCAGGGGGUGUGUAGAAGCCUACGCAUCUGGCAUGGCUUUGCAGAGAGAGGCCAAAAAGCUGCACGAUGAGGAGCUGCUGAAGGUUGAGGGACUAGAUAUGCAGCUGGCUGAGCCAAUCACUGCUGCACACCUCUUCGCUGCCGCUAAGCAGGGGAACUCUAGUGCCGUGGCUGUUAUCAACAAAGCCUCUACAGCACUUGGAACAGGUAUGGUGAACCUCCUCCAUUUACUGAACCCCUCUCUGCUGAUUCUUUCCGGGGUGUUGGCCUCUUACUACCAGUCUCCAGUGCAGAAAAUUAUCUCAAAAAAAGCCCUCGCCUCUGCCCAGAACAUCAAAGUUGUUGCAUCACACUUGGAGGAGCCGGCUUUACUUGGAGCAGCAAGCAUGGUGUUAGAUUAUGCAACAAGGAGGAUAUACUGAAGGAUGUGAUGAAGUUCAAGCAGGAGGACUGUUGUAUUUUCAUACAUAUUUAACCAGCCAUAUCUAGACAAAACCUCUAUGAAACAGUCAUCUUCCUUCUGCCAAUUUUUAAACUGGCUCUCCUCUCUGUGGUGGUCAGUUCAGCAUGGAUCUGUGUGACACACCUCCACCAACAUACAAUGCUGCAAAGGCACAAACCCUGCUGCCAGUGGCUCAGGACCACUUCAAGAAAAUCAUCAUCUGUUAACACAGUUUGCAGAAGUUGCUGCAAAAAAUUAGGAUAUUGCAUAAGAUCAUUAAAAAAGGACAUUUCGGUUUAAAAUAUCCUUUUUUAAAUGAUCUUAUGUAGCCUAAUAUUCUAAUUUUUUGAGACACUGAAUUUUGGG